UGAGCCACCAAAGUGACAUCUCCAGUCUCUCCAAGCAACCACUGUAUACGAUGAUUUUUAGGGAUGGGGACGGUUACUUCAAAGUCCAUGAAUCCUCCAUAAGUUCCAUUUACCACAUAUGUAGUUAUGGCCAGUCCUGGGUUCACUGAAAUGUAUAAAAGCAAUAUAAAAGAGAAUGUCAUGUUACAACUUACAAUGUAUCCAUGAUAAAUCGUUCUUUGCUGUCUUACCCAGGCUGAAGAUGAACACCAUCCAGUGGAGAGGAACCUGGCCAAGGUCCAUUUGUUUGUAAUGUUUCAGUUGAGGGUUUCUUGGAGAUUAUAUGCACCAGAACAUAAAACAAGACAAACUACUAGAUCAUACCUGGUGCAGAGACACAAAGUCUUGUUACCCAUAAUGGAGAGAGCCCCAAGACUUCCAUUCAUGCUCCCACUCAUACUCCUGGUGGCUUCAGGCAUAGUGACUCCUGUCGUAUCUAUGUUUCCGGUCAAUGGAAGGCUUGGGUAUUCGGUAGAUUUUGAUAUACCCGUCCCCCUGCCCACUGAACACAGAAUAUACUGGAAUUUCGGACAUGCCGGACAAGUUACUGUCAUUACAAAACUGGCAUCGGGCGAUAAUCCGAUGUACCAUCCUCUGUAUAGAGGGAGGUGUCAACUAUUCAACAACGGAACUUUGAGGCUGAACAAUAUCUCGUAUGCAGAUCAAGGCACAUAUAAAUUGAAAUUAUUUAAUCCUAGUAAUUUCACUUCCUAUAUUCAGGACUAUCGGCUGGGUGUCUACGAAAUACUCAGCACCCCAGUUCUCAGGUCUACUGGUCGUCUUGUUACUGGCACCAACGUGACCCUCCAGUGUGAUGCCGGAGUUCAGAAUGUGACUACUUACACUUUUUACCGUGAUCAGACUCCUAUCUGCUCUGAGCCCAAUGUGAUCUGCAGGGGAUCAUCCUUGUACUUCACACCAAUAAGUGAGAAUGACAGUGGAUCCUACACCUGCAACAUCCAGAACCCCAUCAGUAACAGCACCAGCCAUCCCACACAAUGGACUGUAUAUACUGCAGUCUCCGGAGUGACACUGACCAGUAACACAUCAGAAGAGCUCUGGGCAGGACAGGACUCUGCGUCUCUACAUUGCACAGCUCAGGGGUCAGCCAUCAACUUAUCUUGGAGUCUGAAUGGAAAUCCAGUGUCUCCAAACCCUCCAUAUUACAUUACUCAGAGUGGUUCUCCUCCCAAGUCAACUCUCACCAUCAGCCCCCUCUCUAAAUAUGACAAUGGACCCUUCACCUGUACAGCAUCCAACAUAGUGAACAGCGAGACCAGCAAUGAGCUCAACCUUGAUCUGAAAUGGUAUCCGGAAGGGAACAUUGCGUGUACUGCACAAGCCAAUGAUGAGAAUAUGCUACAACUCGACUGCUCCUGGCCAGGAGGACAACCGGCAGCAAAUGUGACAAUGAUAUUUAAUAACAUAGAAGAGGCAGGACAAAAUGAAAUAACCAAAAAUGUGGCUUUAAGUCAAAGCACUGAAAAAUCCAAUCUUACCUGUGUUGGUGAUCACCUUGGAAACACAUUUGCUUGCUCUUUAAUAUUUGGAACGCCACUCGAUCUGCAACAAACAGGAAAAAGUGAAGCUGUGCCAUAAACCUCCUCAUGCCGUAGGCUACAUGAUGUCAUCUCCACAACUAUAUGGCAUGGAGACAGAUCAACAACGACUUCUAUGCAUUAUACAGCAAGUCUCUAGGGUGAAGGCGACCGAAAUACGUAGAGCAUGUAGAACAUUAUGGGGAGCCAGGGUCUUAUUACUGUUCCCUUCCUUACAGUCGAACAACUAUUUUUAGAUGCUGUAAGCUGGUGGGGUAUAUAGAUACUUGUAUGGGAUGUGUCUAUUUGCAUUAUAUAUCAGUAUCAUUUUCAGUGAUCUGGUCAAAAACAAUUGUAACGAAUGUAAAGUCUAAAAUAAAACAAUUUA